AUGGCUGCAGAACCCGAAGAUGAGGAAGACUACUACCUUCCUCCGGAGCACCAGCGCCCAUUCACCUCCGGCAUCCGUCGCAAGCGCGUACAGUUCGUCCGCUCCUCAGACCUCGACACAACAACAGCUCCACCCCCAUCAAGCUCUGGUACAAGCAUCGCAGACAAGUACCUCUCAAUCGUAAUGCAAAAAGCAAACACAACACCAAGCACACCAACGCAAACCCCCGCACCAACACGCCCAAGCUCCGCACCACCACAACCCACCCACCCAGAUCCAUCGCUCUGCGAAAUAUGCAACCUCCCCCUCACAUCCAGCUCCAGCUCCAGCUCUAAUUCACACCCCCAUGAAGCCUCAAUCGCGCACCAAGUCUGCCUCACACACUCGCACCCACCAUCCCAUCUCGACCGCACACGCCCGGGCCUCCGCUACCUCUCCAGCUACGGGUGGGAUCUGGACGCGCGGGUUGGUCUUGGUGCUGCAGGGCGGGAGGGAAUUCGGGAGCCUGUCAAGCCGCGGACGCAGACUGAUACUGCUGGUUUGGGGACGGGGAUUGAUCGGGAUGGGGACGUUGUGAAGAAGGUGCCUGUUGUCAAGGCGCAGAAGAAGUUGCUUAAUGCUAAGCAGGUUAGGAAGAAGGCGGAGGAAGAGAGGAGGAGAGGUGAAAGGAUGAGGAAGGCUUUUCAUGCAAAUGAGGAGGUUUUGAAGUAUUUGGGGGAGGACGUUUGA